GGCCUCAUAGUCGAGCAAACCAUAAACCCUAAAAGCACUUGCCUGCGCCUGCCAUUCUGCGACCCCAUCUUUGUUUGAGUUUGAUCGACAGGGCUGCAUUGGAAGAUGAGUUACAAGUUUCAUCAGUUUCAGGUUGUAGGCAGAGCCUUGCCUACGGAGACAGAUGAGCAUCCGAAGAUCUACCGUAUGAAGCUCUGGGCUACCAAUGAAGUCCGUGCUAAGAGCAAGUUCUGGUACUUUCUGAGGAAACUUAAGAAAGUGAAGAAGAGCAACGGUCAGAUGCUAGCUAUCAACGAGAUUUUUGAGAAAAAUCCAACAACAAUUAAGAACUAUGGCAUUUGGCUGAGAUACCAAUCCCGGACUGGGUACCAUAACAUGUACAAGGAGUACAGGGACACCACCCUUAAUGGUGCUGUUGAGCAAAUGUACACUGAGAUGGCUUCCCGCCACAGGGUCCGCCAUCAUUGCAUCCAGGUCAUCAAGACCGCCACCAUCCCCGCCAAGCUCUGCAAGAGGGAAUCCACCAAGCAAUUCCAUAACUCCAAGAUCAAGUUCCCAUUGGUGUUCAAGAAGGUCAGACCUCCAACUAGGAAGCUGAAGACCACAUACAAGGCUUCAAGGCCCAAUUUGUUUGUCUGAGUUAUUGGUUUUGCUGUCUGUUUAAGUAAGCCAGGUUCUAGUUUGAAUUUUUGUUAAACUAUUUGUUAUUUUCUGAUCUUUCGGAUAAUUUGUUGGUCUUAAAGAUUUUGGGUAUUAUAGAAUGGCUGGCCAUCUUGCUUUGAAGUUCUUUAGCACCGUUUGACCCUCUA